AUGGACGCACUGCGGGACCCUGAUAAAGCUCUACCAAGCAUCGAAAACAACGGCACUGGAGAAUUCUGUCAUGAAUACGACGGCAACAGUAAAAUCACUAAAGAAGACAAGACUUUGAAUAUUGAGAAAGACAAGGCUGACGCAGAGAUGAAGUGGAAUGACAUGGACCAAGGCAAGAAAAGCACUGUUACUGGACACGAUCUCGAUUUCAAACAAGGAAAAGGAACCCAAGGCAGACAGCUGGAGCUAGAAGCAAGUGGCCAAACUGUUCCUGUCACUGAGCUUGACAUUGGCGAUGCUGGCGAUACUGGCAUGGAGCCCAAGGAAGGAGAGUUGAGAAGGCUGAUGGUGGAUGAGGAGCCCAAUCACAAGCGAACAUCUCCAAAUCCGCAGCUUGAGACUCCCACUCAACUCCAAGCCGCCGAGAACAAGAACUCCAAGAAAAAACCUCGACCUCACAGCGAAGAGCCCAGCGAGGAACCAUGCGCCAAAAAGAGACGUCUCCUGUAUUCAGACAUACAAGUACCAGGACAACAUACACUCUUAUUCGACGAUGAGGCGGGGACCAUGCAGCCCAAAAGCCCUGGGAAGAAGAAGCGCAAGGAACACAGCACCGAUCAUAGAGCACGCGCAGGCAGCCGCAAAGUAGCCGUCAAGGCAAAGGCAGCUUCCGAGCCUCCGGGCAGUCUAGCAGCAACUGCAGGUGAUUCUGAGGGUUCCUAUGAAAAUGACGGCGAGGUUCUGGCUGCGAAAAGGGUCAGGCCCAACACCACGAAGCAAUCGAAUCCAACGCACAACAGCGUGGAAUAUUCGCCAUACUUCCGACAACCAGCCCACGGAGAGCACGAACAGGGUCCGUUGGCCGCAGAUACGGCGCGCCGCGAGGGAAAGCGGACCAAGCCAAAUGUCUCCCAGCAGUUAGUGCAGCACAACUCUGAGAUUGAGCGGGCCAAUUCCCCAAGCUCAGAAUCUAAGCACCACGCCGAUGCUGGUUUGGCGCCAUACUCGGAGGCCAGUCAGACAGACGGAAACGGCAAAGGGAAUGUGCAGGAGCCUAGAAAGCCCACCCAAGUUCAAGACGCUCCGCGAAAGAAAUGGAAGUUUGCAAACCGUUAUAAUCUCUAUAAAUCCACUCCCCAACACGAGCGCCGACGCUCCGAGAAUUCGACAUCUGCCGCGAGACCCCCGCAAAGACAAACGGCACCAAUGAAGCCCCGGAUCCCAGGUAGCCUAAAGCCGAUGAACAGACUAGGAGGCAACAUUUCUGUAGUAAUCCCACCGCUAUCAGUGGAAACCAAGCUCAACCUGGACCAUAGCCAUUCGAGACACCCAGAGAACAAUGCCCAAGGACGGGAACAGAGCCCGGCUAAGAGACGGCGAAUUGAUGACAAAGGCAAUGGAAAAUGGGUUUCUUCGACACCAGUUAUCGAAUUGGACCCCGAAUCGCCGCCCAGUCAGACUUACCGGGAAAAUUCCACAAUAAAACCGUCGCUGCCAGGCUAUGAACAGCAAAGUCAACGUAGAGGAAAUACAUCGGCUAAUAUUGGGAUGGUGGGCGAGUUCCAGACUGUUGAAGCCAUGGUCAAUCCGCAAAAUCAGAAACCGCGAAAUAAGCUUCCACAAACAGUAAAUGCGCGGGAACAGCGAGACCAAGGGGCCAGGCUUAGAAGUCUUUCGCCGAACGAAGACCAGGACGAUCCUAUUUCUGAUGGAGAAAGAACCCGCGCUGAACCUAAAAAGAAUUCCGUGCCACGGGUUGAAAUUCCCUCCUACAAGGGCAAUGCAUUUCGGAAGCCCGCGCGCAACAAUCUAGGAGGGUAUUUAAAUAAUAGUAGGUCACCGAGACAUGUAUCGGUAGACAGCAAUCAGGCUACGGGCGACCAAAAGGCCAAGAAAAGACGUCUGGAUCCGCCAUCAACUGAUCAAGACGAAAACCUUGAUAUCGAUGACCUCGCUGCCGACCACUACAUUGAUAUGGGCAAAGAUCUUGCGGAGAAGAAACGUGCCGUGGAAUUGUUAACCGCAGCAAGCGGAACAAAUAUGAUUGGAAAACGAGUAUCGAAGGAAUUCACGGCGGUGGACGAGUCCAGCGAGGAUGAUUACACCAACAGCACAGCAGACAUUAAACCAACCAAAUUCAAUAAGGCGAAGCAGACACAAAAGCCAAACGAAACUAAAUAUGCUCUCCAGCAGAUAUUCUCCAAAACCCACAAAUGGCUUACCGAGUGUGCCGUCGGCCCGUGGAUCCUGAAUUACAAGAAAGAUAUAGACCACAAUAGUCUCAGGGACGAUGUCUUACAAAUUAUAGAUCGCGAUGAGGGUCAUCAGUUCGAUAUCCGGGCUAGCACGAUCAAUAAGAUCGAAUUCGAUAAUAACAGUGGGAAGAUGGUUCUUCAUCGGUCUAAAGAUCUGAAAAAUCGCGAUGGUCAUCAGGUAUUCCUAGAGCUAUCGGAUGCCGGUGAUAGCCUCAAACUCCGGAGUCUACUGGAAAAGCGACGCAGUGAUAUUAGCUACAUCAAUAAGACUACAUCACUCGGUUAUCUGGAGAAAACGUUCGAGCGCAUCAAGAGUACGCUACUUGAGCCGAAAUCAGCUCAGCCCUCACUCACGGAAACUCCUACAGAUAUCGACUUUCUCACGCACAAGGCGCAGAAGCGUCGGCAGCAAACGCUGCGUGAAUCAGAAGAGCCAAACAUACCAGACAUUACUCCGAUCUCUAAUAAUGGCAGACGGACGGUUGAUGAGAGGGGUGUGCCAAGGGCCAAGGGUCUUGCUAAAGGCAUGAGGACAUACUCAACCGAUUCUUCUACCGGAGACGGCAUUCGCCAGUCCGAAGAAAACGGUAUAUCCCCUAACAAUUUCUAUGGCACUCCUGGAUUAUCUCGCGAGCCUACAUCUCACGCAACACGCUCCACGAGACGAGUAGCAGCAAAGGAUUUCCCCUCCCAACAGCGACCAAAGUCCAGAUCCCCCAGCCCGCCAGGAUGGACGCGGGAACAUCCUGACUGGGAAGAUGAGUGGCACGGGACUGUCGUCUAUCCUCCUGAAGGUAGGAAUAAAGCGAACGUUGAUAAGCCGGAUAUCGAAAGGUUGGAUGAGGGGGAAUUUUUGAAUGACAGUCUGAUCAACUUCUAUAUCCGUUGGCUACAACAUGGGCUCGAGAAGUCUAGACCGGAUCUUGCUAAACGCAUAUACUUUCAGAAUUCCUUCUUCUAUGAAAGGUUAACAAGUUCAGCGAAAGGCAGAAGAGGCAUCAACUAUGAGGCAGUUCAGCGAUGGACCGCCAAAGUCGACCUUUUCGAGAAGGACUAUAUUGUGGUGCCCGUUUGCGAGAAUUUACAUUGGUACGUUGCCAUUAUUUGCAAUGCUCCGAGACUUCUCAACCCUGAGCCUGAUAUCGAAGCCGUGGAUGAGACCAGUCCUGUCUCUGUGUCGGAAAAGCCAGAUUCGGAAAUGAUCGAUGGGAUGUUGGCGGAUUUGCAUACCGAAACUGUUGCCUCUUCAAAUUCAAAACCUGCAUCUUCUCCACCUUCCUCAAACCAUACAUCGCUGUCUGAAGCCGAUCUCGGGAUAGACCGCAUGUCUUUGCGGGACCGCCCUCGAGAGUCUAGCGAGCAUUCGUGGCCCGAUGAAUGUCUCGACCAAGGUGUAUCCACACAACGUCCUUCGAAACCAAGCAGCGCAAUUCCCAUCGAUGAUGAAGCGGCCGAGCAUGUUGUUGAAAAGUCUCAUGGUCAGCCCACCGCGAAGGUUGUUUCUGAUUUGCUACCGUCUGAGGUCAAGAAGACAAACAUGGGGCGUAAGGGUAAAAGGGCUUCCAUGGGCCGGAAAUAUGACCCUAACGAUCCGCGGAUCAUCACCCUAGACUCCCUUGGCUCAUCACAUUCUCGGACGUGUACCAAUCUCAGAGACUAUCUGCUAGCAGAACUCAAGGCGAAGCACGGAAAGGAGAUCAGUCCAGUUCCGCUCGGUAUGACUGCGAAGAAUAUCCCAGAGCAACAUAAUUUCUCCGAUUGCGGCCUAUUUCUACUAAGCUACGUUGAAAAGUUUCUUGAAACGCCUGACGACUUCAUCCGUGGUAUCUUGCAAAAUCAGCAUGAUGUUGAUAUGGAGUGGCCGAAAGCAUCGGAGAUGCGUAAUCGCAUCCGUAAACUACUCUUUGAACUCCAGAGGGAGCAAUUCGGCAAGUCAAAAAAGCCCCAGAAAUCGAAGAGAAAAGAAGAGGACCCCGAAAGGUUUGAUGCUGAAACGGGUAAUGUAUCUCCGGUGAACUCUGCAGAGCAUGAGGUCUCUGGAGGGGCAGAGCCAUUGGAACACGUCGAAAAUUCCAGCCUGCACGAGGGCGACCCUCUCCAUAAUGCACGCGCAACCCUAGGCGCGAGACAAUCCACAGAAAUAAAACAAGAUUCCCCACCGAGGGGUGUGCUUCUGAACGGCCAGCAUGAAUCGAAGGACGGCGUCCAGCAACCGCGGAAUUCAAAGCGUGGUGUAUUUAAAGCAGACCCUGGGCUUUUGUCAUAUAUGUCAAGGUUUGCGGCCGAGGGUGGCCAGGAGGAGGAAGCCAUCAAGGGCGAUAUACCGAAAUCUGGGAAGUCCGAAUCUGACGCUGUUGAAAUUGGUGAUUCUCCCACAAAAACACAUCGUGGCAGGCGCCGUACGACGAAUGAUAUAGAAGCAUCUAACCACCCUUCAAAGGUGAUGGACUCCCAACAAGAAGAAUAUGAUGGGCUCUCCAACGGUCUGCAGAGAACAGAUUCUAUCAACGAGAUUCCAUCGUCGUCGGAACUCAUUGAGCCCAAACUAGAUCAAUCAAGUCAACACCUCCCUGAAUUAUCCUCCCAGGAAACUAUCAAAGGAAGUGGAGCAGAUGACGCGGAGAUGUUAUUUUCUGGACGUGAUAGUGUGUCGCAGGGUGCUGGCCCUAACCUUCGCUCGUCGGCACCUAACUCUCCUGUCAAGGAACGGUGUCUGAAGAGAAAAGUUCGGACUGCAUCAUCGUCGCCAGUGGCGACCAAGUUGAAGAGUUCACCUAGAUUUAGGGAGAAAGUAUUUGCUGCCCGAGAUUCUUCAGAUAAUGCUAUCAUGGGUAAAUUGGGGAAGCAUACACGGUUUUCACCCUAA